GCAGAUCGAGCGGCCGCGAAUUGCUAAGAUUGCCCCAUCCUCCUCUGAGAAACUGUUGCGCGGCCUCCGCUAGCCUUCGGCGCAAUUGAGGAGGUAAAUGAGAAGGAGAACGGCAGCCACGUCGGCCAGGCGAGCGAGCUCUCGAUGGGAAGCUCCGAGCGUAUAGUACGUACGUACAACGACCACUCUUCCUCUCUCUCUCUAUCUCUCGCUCUCUCUCUCUCUCGGCGCACUCCUCUUGCAAACGCGCGCGCGUGCGACGUUGCUCAGAACGAAGAGCCCGACGCGCGGCAGUGGAACAAGCCUUCGAAGCCGACAACGACGCAACGUCGACGCAACAACGACGACCGCGCAGAAGUCACCCUCCUCCUCCUCCUCCUCCUCCUCCUCGUCUCCCCUCUCCGCUGAGCCGCCCACGGUUCUGGCGGGACGCCACCCGAACAGCAGAGCGUAGAUGGGGGUCCUGCCUCUCACGGCAAUGUUUACGCGCGGCAACCAGCUGAGCGGCAGCGGCGCGGGGAUUUAAAAUAACCGCCCGUCCCCUUUCGCUGCGCUUGCCACCGACGAAGACGACGCGUCAAGAGGGGGGGAGUCGACGCUUUUUCUCGAAUCGGGACGACGAACGUAUAGAGGCAGACAGCUGGUCUAGCAAGAGCGCCUGGCACUUAAUCCUGCGUCCUUGGCCCACACCAGCCGACCGACUAGAGGGGGUCUCGUGGCGUCUGCGCGGACGAGGCCUGGGGCCCGCCGGACGAGGAUCGCGUUCUUAGGCUGCUGCUUCGCGAAGGACCGAGGAAGACAUGGCGCCAACCAGUGCGGCGGUGUCAGUGGCGACGGCCACUGCUUCCAGUCCUCGCGGGAUCAUGUGCCGCCGUCUUGCAACGCUCCUGUUCACUCUGUCCCUGCUCGCGGUGUUGGCCUGUGCGCCCUCGGACGCUGCGGCUGCCGCCUAUCCCCAGCACGAGGAUCCGCACCAGACGCAGGCGUCCAAGUUCGUACGCUGGUCCCGCGCGACCAACACGCGUGAGCGGCUGACUGCGGCGCUGAGCGGCGACCAGCCGGUGUUCCUGGAGGCCGACGUGGUGCUCGACGGCACCAUCCCCGUGCUCGAGCCGCCGCGGGGGCGCCUGUGGGACGUGACACUGAACGAGCUCCUCUACCAGGCCACCGAGAAGCCCAAGCGGGUGACGCUCAAGCUCAACAUGAGGAGUACCGAGGUGCUGCCCCAGGCAUUCGGAGUGCUCAUGGUGGCCUUGACCGAGAACCUGCUCGACCUGUGGAUUCACGCUGACGUUCUCGCCGGUUCGGCGGGAAAGCCGCCCGUGGAGGCGAACUCGUUCAUGCGCCAGAGCUCGCCGUUCCAUCCUUUCGCCAUCAUCUCCCUCGGUUGGAACACCAAAUCCAAAGGCGCCUAUUCCUGGGGCCAGGUGGAAUCCAUGGCACGGCUAGUGAGCUGCGGCCACCCCUACCUCACGCGCGUCGCCUUCAAGGUCCGGUCGUCCAUGGUGGAAGCGUCCUUGGCGCAGCUCUCGUGGCUGCUCGAUGUGAUGCCCAACGUUACGCUCGUCGUCUGGUCUGCGGACGGAGAGGCACCGAACGCCAGCGUUCUGCACACUCUCCGUAAGGCCCGGCCAUCGGCGCGCAUCGUCUACGACCUGCCUCAAGAGCACCAGCUCGAGAACCUUCUGGAAGAGGCCGUUCCCCAAGAGGGCGUUGAAGGCGCCAAACAAGAGAGCCUCGACAUUGGCUGGAACGUGGAGGAAAGCAAUACGGGAAGCUGCCGAAAGGCGUCCCUACUCGGACGCAAUGCUGUCGUGCUUGGCGAUAACGGCGUCUCGAUGGUGUUCCCUGAUUCGUGGGCUAAUUUCGAGGCCAAGUUGGAUCUGACGAAACCUCGCUCCUUGGCUGUGAGGAUAGGCGACGAAAAGAUCGACCUCGAGGGCUCCUGUUUCCAGCUGGUCCUGAACAGGAGCGGCCAGGAGGUGACCAGCCGCGCCUGGCCGACGACAUGCAAGAACCACGGCUCGUCGUCUUCUUCGUCGAAGAAGCCGACUGCUCCAGCCAUGGUCAAACAGUGGACGUACGGCGAGCCGGCGGCGCUGAAGCUGCAACCGUCUCCAGGAGCAGUCGUGUACGCUGUCAAGCUCCAAGACCCACCGGAGGACCCUGCGGCUGCGGCAUCGGCACUGGUCCCCACGUUGCUCCUUCUGUUCUUCGGAAUCCUGGCCGUGAAAGUUCCAGAGCUUUGAGCGGUGCUUUCUUGAACUGACCAACGCGGUGGAAUACCAGUCAUACUGGUGGCGGGGGAAGUGCACACAGCGAAGCAAACAGCGUAGGACAACACUACUAAAGCCGCUAAACAGAUGGUAAACUCGCCGUCUACAGCGCGUUGAUGGAGGGGCUUUGAACGCUAGGAGCGACGGAAGGGUCGGAAUUCGUGCUCGUUAACUUGGGGACUUAGGGGCGUAAUGACAAGGGGAAGGUGCGAAGUUGGGGAAGCAUCUGCCUAGGUUUCCUGGGACAGAAACGAGGCACUUGUCCACCACUGCGCGACAACCCACCUGUAUUGGCAGUCCGAAACCCACCUGUAUUGGCCAUCCAGAAAAGUAAAGUUCGGGCGGUAGGUGUAAAAGCCCAACAGGGCUCUAAACAGCUUUCAGAUAACUAGAGUGGCUAGUAUGGGAUUACAAAAAUCUAAAGAAUUCGACUUUAAGGAGUGGUCGUGGAGUCAGUAUGGUGUCGCUGCUUCACUAAUAAUUGUCUUUACCAGAAUCAGAACCCAAAGGAAAGUCAAUGAAAAUUAAAAUAAGUCUAGCGAUUACAAGAAUACCACCCUGUUACCGUUUUCAUCACUUCCGUUCCGGCACAUUUCUCAUAUCUCAGUUCACUCCCCUAUACGUAUAUACGGUAUGUAUAUUGCAUCUAGCCUGAAUACAAAUAUUCCGCAAUUUCAAGCGAAUAGUGUAUUGCUCCUAAAACAACAUGAUAUUUCCUCAAGCAACAAAUGAUUGUACAAUCUUUCAUAACAAGCUUCACACGAAGGAUAGUCAACCUGAAAUCACGCGGCUCAUCUGACACUUAUGACGUCGCAAUUGGCUUGUUUCACCUCUUUUGCUCAUAGAUCAUUGGUCAUUUCUCGCAAGAAGCCACUACACUUACACAGCCGGUCUAGGAAGUCUGUUGUGUACUAAAGUAAUGCUAAAAAUCUAGCGGAAGACGGAGAGGCACGAGACGUCUAGAUUUAUUCAUGGACAUCUGUGACGUCACAUAAGACGUUUUAAUCGGUUUACGCCUAUAAUAUAACGCGUCCAUACGCUCCACGCCUUCGGCCAUGUUAGUUAACUUAGGGCCCAGCUUUCAUAACAGGAUGUUCCUUGUUUACCUGUUUAAUAGGUUUUAUUCUAUAGCGCUUAGGAAGUCACAAAAAUCAUUACGUGUGAUUCUUGUAAGCGGCUACAAAAAGUAAAACAGUAAAUUUUUCUUGCGAUUUCUGUAUUGUAGGAACGGGAUUGAGCAAUAAAUAAAAAAAAAAAGAAAGCAUUACCCACUGCACCCAGCUAGGUCAUACAAUACGCCAGAGUUCGAAGUGUGGGCCAAUGGUUAGCAAGUCAAAAGCGUUCUCCCCAGGUACCGAAAAUCGUUGUUCGGUCUUUUCCCUUUUGUGCCUGACUUGCGGCGUGCAAACUUGUCUUGCGCUGUUUGCUUCACUGUUCAGUGGUGUUAUUUUGGGGCUGUACAUAGCACAUGUGACACUCGCAAGCUCUGUUGUCUUUUUCUGCGCUGUAGAAGUCGCUUUGCUCCGUUGAUUGCGUUAACGAGAGUAGUUUUGAAAGCACUCCGGCCUUUUAUUUAGGCAGAAAGAGAGAUAUUUUGCCACAUUUGCAUAAACCGAAACGUGACAUCGACACAUGACCACAAUUUAAAGCCGUUUCAGACAAUCAACUAGCGUAUGCAAAUACAGUUAUGUUCCCCGCAUAGAGAUGUCACUUAUAAAGAAAUAAAAAGAAAUAUCAUUAAGUCUAGGCAGUCGGCGGUCACUGUUUGUGCAGUGUACCCUUCGUCAUACUGCGCUGGUGUUUGUAACGUUUUCUUUUUCCUUCUUUUUUUUUUUAUUCAUGCGACAAGCUUGACUUUAUACAAAACAGCAUCACGACUUUACAUGAUGUUAAGCGUACGCACUCUGCAUUCAUUACAUUUCAUUCGGCUACCAUAAGUCACGUUCAAGUAUUACUAUUGUAUCACUCUCGGCCAAAGCCUGCAGUCGCACUAAAUAUGAGACCAUUCGUUCUUCGAUCGAGCAGUUACACAAGGAGUUAUUUGUUGAUUGCAGGAACAACGUGUCUCGAGCGUAUAGACUAUGCAGUGGUUUCUCAGGGCAAAACCCAUUCCUCUUUAAAUCGCCGCUGGAUGCUUUGACCAAGACAGACAAUGCACGUUGUGACUUAUUUUAACUGUGCCUUCAGUAAACUCAGUUUUACGUUUGCUUGGGCUAGCUUAAAGGAAUCAGCAGACGAUUCUACAUGACUUUUAGCAAUCUCGCAAAAUACGCAAGCAAAACUUAGCCGCACAGAUAAUUUUGAAUUUUUUUUUUUCUGCUUGAUGAAAAAGAACACAUCGCGGGCAAGUUUACCUGCUUGUAUUUUUCUCGUUGCCAGCCCUAUAAACAGCUUGUUGUGGCAACAAGAAACUAAACGUGAUGCAAGUGGCACACGCAGGCUAACAUUAGUGCCUGUGCAUAAUUGAACUAUGCAAAUAUUGUGAUAAUUAGCUUACCCAGAACACACACUGCUGUUGUUACCUUUCGUUGAUGUUUGCGGUAGUCGUAUCGCGCGGGGUCAAUGAAGUAUAGGCUCAACAAGAAGACUUAAAUUAUGCAUAUUUCUGCUGCAUGCUUUCGCUGUCUAGACUCUAGAGAAAGAUAAUUGUUACUAGCAUUGUAAUUUUUUUUAAAUCCUUGACUGCUUGACAUAGGCUCCGUAAAAUCUGCUUCAUUCUUUUCUCGUGUAUAUUGAGCAGAUGACACAUUUUGGGGAUACGUUCGCUGUUUUGAUCACGACGUUAAGUACAAUGAAUGAACAACAAAAAUAUCUUCUGGUUAGCAUUUGCGGAACGUGUGCAAUGCGUUUUUGUCCUUUGUCGUCGUUCUAUGAGAUUCUCAGCAAUCAAUGACCUCAUCAUUGCCAGGUAUGCCACAGGCAAACGUGUUUCAGGCAGAAACACGAUCUUGAAUUCAAAUUGUUGGCAGCUUGAGUCCAUAAAGCACGAUAUGAACAAGCAGUCUUAGUCAACAGCGAAAGAUUUCUUCGGAUGCCUUCUCCGUACGUGUGUUGUGCGGUUGCGUUUAAGAUCGGGUGCCAUAGUCAAUCACUGAGCACUGCGGUAUUCGGUUGUAUCAUUGAAAAGCCAUUUAAAAACACGAUGAUUCGUAUUCGACCUCGGGCAAAUGCUCACAACAAUAAUUCUGCUUUUCUUACUCUGCCUUUUGUACAUAGUUGUACGUGUUCGCAUUUAACGAAAUAAAAGUGUGUUUUUCGUUGUAACAACAA